CUUGCCUGUUCGUGGAAGCGCAUACAGUACAUGAGCAUGCUGACCAAUACAGUGCGCGAAUCCUACGCGGCAUGUGCCUGUGUGCACACAGCGAACUCAAUUAUCGCGUGGGCCCCCGUAAAGCCUGUUGCCUCCUGUAACUGUCGCACUUUCCUGUGCCGCGCCAAGGAAGUGUCCCAUGCAAACCAUGCACACUGUAACUCACGUAACCGUCGCGAGAGAGUCGCACUGGCAGGACAGGACGAUGGACAGUGGACAUCCGGGCAUUCAGUUCGAGGCUGUAUGCAUGCGCCGUGUUUCAGAAACGAUGGGGAUCUGUGGCCUUGGCGCGCAUCGGGGUGACAGCUGCUUGCUUGGGUGCAGAUGGACGUCAGCCAUGCUUAUGGAGACAGCCAUGGGCGGAGCAGAU